AUGACAAAACUCGAAAUUUUGAACGUUGCUGGUAAUCAGAUUCAUACUUUCAAGAUUUUCGAUAUCCUACAGCAAAUGCAGAACUUAAAAGAAGUUUAUUUCUACGAUCCUAACUAUGGAACAAAUCCAAUUUGUGAAUUUCCAAAUUAUGAUAUAAUGGUUGGUUGUUUAUUGCCUCAGAUUGAAACAAUCGAUACAUUUAGUAUUACAAAGAAGUUUAGAUCCAUUUGUGAAUCCAGAAAACGCGAAGUUAAAAUUUAUUAUUCAGCAAUCUCUGCAAACGAAGCUUCUUACUGCGAAUCAUUGAAAUCUGAGUUCUAUAGGAAUCUUGACAAGAUUAUUUCAGAUAUUCCAUUUACAAUUGAGCUAAAUCACGAAGUUUUUGAUAAAAUUAAUGAAAUUGCAUCAAGAUUUGAUCAUUAUUACAAAGAAUUCAAAUACACAGCAACAGAAUUACCAAUGCUUGAAUACAAGACAGCCGGAUUAUUGCAUUCCACCCGACUUCUUGAAGAUUAUCAAGAAUGGAAUGAUUUUUCAUCGAAUAUCUCUCAAUUUGUUGAAAGAUCGACCAAACUAGAUAUCGCUGCCAUUUGGGAAAUCUCAAAUGUUGGAGCAACUCAUUUUUUGGAAGAAUUUAAAGCCCAGAAGACUCCAAAAGUGAUAGUUUAUGAUUUAGCAAGUGAAGCAAUAUCAGCACUAUGCAACUGGACUGAAAGCCAGCAUGAAUUUUCUUCAAUUAUAAAUCCAAAAUCACAAGAUACGUAUUUUGUCGUUUUCUGUGAUGUUGUUGAGCAGAACAAUGAAGUAGAGUCAGCACCAACAUACUUAAUGAUGGUUUCAACACCAACAGACUCUCUUUUGACCGAAUGCGAAAAUUUGAUUUCACAAAUGAUCAAGCAAAGUCAGAAAUUGAAGGAAAUCUCUGAUGGAGAAACACUUGUUCAAGUCCAAAACAAAUUCACAUUAACAGAAACUCUUACAAAAAUCACUUUAAUCAAUUGUGAAAUUAAUUCUUUGGCAGCAUUCAAUGGAUUGAUCAAUCUUAAGGAGUUAAAUGUUCCAUUCAACAGGAUAGAAUCCAUUACAGACCUUCCUCCUCUACCUGCUCUUUCUGUUUUAGAUAUUUCAUUUAAUUUGGUUGAAAACGUCAAUUAUCUGAUUCCUAAUGAUAAAUCCAUGAUCGAUAACAUAUCCCAAAUGUAUAUAAUAGGAAAUCCUGUUUAUUCACAUACGACCAACAUGUUUAUCAAAACAAUUUUCAAAGGUUUACAAAACGAUAAACCAAGUUCUGUUCUAUUUUCUCCUCCUAACGAUGAUACCUUUUAUUUGACAUCAUUAUCGAAUAAUUUCUCAUCAUUGGAGAAUCUUCAGACAUUGGACAUCUCUUCUAACGCUAUAACAACAUUAAAACCACUUUGUAAACUUCAGAAAUUGACAAAGUUGAUGGCAAGUGGCAACCAAUUAACAAAAAUCGACAUUGCCAGCCAAAAUUUGACAUAUUUAGAUGUUUCAUCUAAUUUCAUCGAAGAAAUGCCAAUAAGUCAGACAUUACCAUCAUUACAAUUCCUUUUGAUGCCAAAUAACAAAUUGAAGAAAUUACAACAAUUCACUUCACUUUUGGCACUUUUCAUCGGUAACAAUGACAUUGAUGAGAUUCCACAGAGUAAUUUCUAUCCCAAUUUGAUUAUUCUUUCCAUGGAAAACAAUCCUUUGAUGGAAGAAGUUGACAUGAACAGACUUUUGUUCCAAUUCAAGACCCUGAAAAUGCUAAAUGGCCAGCCAAUUAAACAAUCACAACAUAACAAAGUACAGAAUCAGUUGCAAGGAAUUUUGUUCCCAGAGGAAAUCGGCGCCUUAUUAAAGAAAGGUCAAACUUCCCUCGAUUUGUCAGAGAAAAACUAUAAAAAUGUUGAUAUUUUGGCAUCUGACACUUUACAAGCUCUCAAUUUGUCAAAUAACAAUUUGAGUGAAAUCAAAUGGCCAAAGAAUCCAUUCCCUAAGCUUCAGAAUUUGAUGAUUUCAGGAAACUCACUCACAAACUUCGACUUCUUACUUUGUUUGCCUCAUUUAAGAGCUUUGGAUCUCUCAAACAACAAAAUUGGUGACUCCUUAUGUAAAAUACUUGUCACUUUUCAGCUACAUAACCUUAAAUCACUUAACUUAUCAUAUAAUUCAAUUAAAACACAUCCGAUAUUGCCAAGGAGCAAUUUCCCGAAUAUUGAAUUAUUAGAUUUAUCUCAUAAUUACGUGAUGACAAUAGAAAGAGGAACAUUUAGUGAAUUACAGUUGUUGAGUUCGGAUUUAUCAUAUAAUUCACUCAAAAAACUUGAUAACAUCAAUUGCCAAUCAUUGACAUUUUUAGAUGUUUCUCAUAACAGAAUAACAACAGUUGAUGAAGUUGAAAAAUUGAGAAAUUUGACAAAUCUCGCGAAAUUCAACUUCAACGACAAUCCUUUGAACCAAAGAACGAUCCACAGAAUCAGAGUUUUGUGUAUCUUAAGGAGCGUCAAAGAAAUUGAUGGAAAACCAGUCACAGAAAGUGAUUUGAUGCAAGUUAAACAAAUUUUGGAACAAAAUUCUGCAAUGGGAGUUUUACCUCCAGAACCACAAGCUCCUCCUGGAAAAGUUAAUAGGAUUAAUAACAUCAUUAUGUCACCUAACUUACCUGCACUUCACGAAGCACCUACUCCAAAGAGAAACAAAGAUAGACCUAAUCCAAGAUUCCCUAGAUAA